GGGUAAGACGACCCGACCACUGUUAGCCAACAUAACCGCGUUUUCACACCGGUUAAGGUGAAGCAACGUGCCCGGUCAGCUAUGGCAUCUGAAGAACCUAAAGCAAAGAAACAAAAACUUUCGGAGGAGGAGAAGAAGCGGGAGUCUCCGUCCAAAAAGGCUCCUGCCGAACUAAGCCCUAAUUUACUCUUUGGGAUGGGAAACCCCUUGCUGGACAUCUCAGCUGUAGUGGACAAAGACUUCUUGGACAAAUACACCCUGAAACCCAAUGACCAGAUCCUGGCAGAAGACAAACACAAAGCACUAUUUGAAGAGAUAGUGAAGAAGUUUAAGGUUGAGUACCAUGCAGGAGGUGCCACGCAGAACUCCAUAAAGGUUGCACAGUGGAUGAUCCAAGAACCCCAUAAAGUGGGCACCUUCUUUGGCUGCAUUGGCAAAGACCAGUUUGGAGAAAUCCUGAAGCAGAAGGCUGAGGAGGCCCACAUUGACGCCCACUACUAUGAGCAAGAUGAAGAGCCCACAGGGACAUGUGCUGCAUGCAUCACCGGAGACAACAGGUCUCUGGUCGCAAACCUAGCUGCUGCUAACUGUUAUAAGAAAGACAAACAUCUAGACCUGGAAGAAAACUGGGAGCUGGUGAAAAAAGCCAAAGUCUACUAUAUCGCUGGUUUCUUCCUGACUGUCUCUCUGGAGUCUAUCCUGAAAGUGGCGAAGCAUGCGUCCGAAAAUAACAAGCUGUUUUGCCUGAACCUCUCAGCGCCCUUUAUCUGCCAGUUCUUCAAGGAUAACCUCAUGCAGGUUCUGCCCUACGUUGAUGUGCUUUUCGGCAAUGAGACAGAGGCAGCUGCUUUUGCUAAAGAGCAGGACUUUGACACUGAGGACAUUAAGGAAAUUGCCAAGAAAGCCCAGGCUUUGCCCAAAGUCAACACAAAGAGACAGAGGGUUGUAGUGCUGACCCAGGGGAAAGAUGAAACAGUAAUGGCAAAAAGUGACAAGGUUGAGACAUUCCCUGUGCUGAAGGUCGACUCCAAGGACAUCGUGGACACAAACGGUGCAGGUGACGCCUUUGUGGGAGGUUUCCUGUCCGAACUGGUUCAGGAGAAACCGUUGGACCAGUGUGUGAAGGCGGCUCACUACUCUGCUAACGUCAUCAUUAGGAGAGCAGGUUGCACCUUCCCAGAAAAACCUGACUUCAAAUGAGAAUUUCCAAACAACCUGUCUUCACCUUAUGUUCACCCUGCCAUAACAAACUUGGACUCAUGAAUCCAACCAUAUCCUACAUUUACUCUGUCCCCUUUUUUCUGCCAGUGAGUGAACCGUCCAAGUUCUUUUUUAAUUCAUCAGCAAAUAAAUUGUCUCCAGUUGUUAGCUGGGAGCCUUCUGACAUCAGUGCAUGUCUCUGCGAACACCACUUGGGGCCGCCAGAGGAUCAUGCAGACCUAUGGGAGAUCCAAGUAACCACAAAGGAAUCAUGAUGACACCACAGGAUUUGAUCAAUGUUUUUAAAUGAAGGAUGAAAUUGGGAAAUCUUUUGUUUCAUGGACUUGUUUUUUGUGAUUGGUUUAAGAGUAUUUUAGCUCUGACACUGCCAAUAUCCCAAUGCAAUGACAUCAGUCACACUACUGUUUGCAGGCAUGUUGACACAGAGGAGUUAUUGCUUUAUUUAAUUCCACAAAGGAAGGUCACAUUAACAAAUGUCUGAGAUGUAAAGAAACACUCUCUUAGGUUUUUGAUGCUAUACCAAAUCAGCAGUUGUGAUCUUUUUCAUGAUUAUUGCUUAUGAUGACUUUAGGCUUUGAUUUUAAUAGGCCAGUUAUAAAACCAAACAUUUUUGUCCAAGCGCACACUUUUUAAUACUGAUAUGUCAAAGACCUCUUUGUCCUGAAAUCACAGUUAAAUGUAAGUCAGUGAAAUCCAGAAGUAACCUUCCAAGUUAACAGUUUGCUUUGUCCUCAUGCGGAUUCUGUGGAAGGUGCUUCCAGCAACGUGUGCCUUUGUUUCUUUUCUUCCCCUGCAAGUGCUGCAGGUACUUACAGAUGUUUUGUGACCUUUUAUUUUUUAUUCUGGGAAAACUAACAAGUUAAAUCAGUGUUGGCGACUGGUCGCUUGCGUGGAGGAAAAUAGACGCACACUUCUAAAUGCAUGUAGGGUGCUAUUGUUGGAGAGGUGUAAUUUUAUCUGAAUGUUCUUUGGUAGAGGAAUGAUCUUUCCUCUGUUCAUUUGGUUUUUCUCUUUCAGUGUGUUUUUAAUUUAACUGAAACGCCAUCCUCCCUUCAAAAUCAGAUGUGAAUGAAGGUAAAUUUUCUAAAAUUCUGGUCAGAUAUUAAAAAAGCUUCAGCUAAAUUCAGGUUCAAGGCACUCUUGUGAUAUGGGGCCAAACAUUUCAAGUCAUCAGUGUUCACCUCAAUAAAUGGGUAAAUACUUGACAACGCAUUUCAACUGUACAAUUCUAAAAAUGCUAUUACAAUGCAUGAAUUUUGUGCAUUUUUGUGCAUACUAGCAGAUUGUUUUGUCCGUCUAUUGACUUUGUGUUAAGAUACCAAAAAGCCUUAUGUUUAUUUAAGGUCUGAAUGGCACUCAAGCUGCCAAUCUGCUAACAGAAAAUAAGAAAUAAAACCUAACCUGUUUAA